AUGCCCUUCAACAGUGAGAUCCCCAAGGUGCGAGAGCGUUGGGUCAGCUGUGUGUGGCUGUUGCCAUACGAGGUGUUGAUUGUGGAGAGCUUGGCUUCCCUGUUUGUGCAGCUGGAUCGCACGGAGAGGAUCAAGAACUGCCAAAACCCCGACUUCUGCAAGAAAUUUGUUGUGGACUACUACUUUGAGAAAGUGCAGAAGCUGAAAUUCGGCGUGUAUGAUAUCGAUAACAAGUCCUUUGAUUUGAAUGACGAUGACUACCUCGGAGGGGUCGAGUGCACGCUGGGGCAGGUUGUGUCCAGCUCAGUGUUCACCCGACCACUGGAAUUGGAGCAGGGAAAGCCAGCAGGAAAGGGCACCCUUACGGUUUCAGCAGAGGAGAUUAAAGAUACCAGGGUUGUGUACUUGGAAAUUGAAGCCCGAAAUUUGGACAAAAAGGAUUUCUUAGGUAAAUCAGACCCGUUUUUGGAGUUUUACAGGCAGAGCGAUGCUGGAACGUGGCAGCUGGUGUACAGAUCAGAGGUGAUUAAGAACAACUUGAAUCCAUGCUGGAGCAAGUUCAGUGUUCCCUUGCAGACAUUCUGUGGUGGAGAUUUCAAUAAACCUAUCAAGGUGCAGUGUGCGGAUCACGACAGCGACGGGUCGCAUGACUUGAUAGGCACUUUUGAAAUGAACCUGACUCAGCUGCAGAAAGCAGAUGGCAGCUCUCCGGUGGAAUUUGAAUGCAUUCAUCCUGAGAAAAAACAAAAGAAAAAGAGCUACAAAAACUCUGGCAUUAUUAGGAUAAAGUCCUGCAAGAUUGAGACCGAAUAUUCGUUUCUGGACUACGUCAUGGGAGGCUGCCAGAUUAACUUUACAGUGGGUGUAGACUUCACUGGCUCCAAUGGGGAUCCCAGGUCACCAGAUUCUCUUCACUACAUCAGCCCAGACGGGAUAAAUGAGUACCUGAUUGCCAUCUGGAGUGUGGGAAGUGUAGUCCAGGAUUAUGACACGGACAAGCUGUUUCCUGCGUUUGGGUUUGGAGCUCAGGUUCCUCCUACCUGGCAGGUAUCUCAUGAGUUUGCAUUGAACUUCAACCCCAGCAACCCUUAUUGUGAAGGGAUCCAAGGAAUAGUGGAUGCCUACCGCCAGAUCCUUCCUCAGAUCCGACUCUAUGGGCCAACCAAUUUCUCUCCCAUUAUAAACCACGUGGCAAGGUUUGCAGCGCACUCAGCACACCAGGGAGCUGCUGCACAAUAUUUUAUCUUGCUGAUCAUCACAGAUGGAGAGAUCACUGAUCUGGACCAAACUAGGCAGGCGAUUGUUAAUGCCUCCAAGCUGCCAAUGUCCAUCAUUAUUGUUGGGGUUGGUGAAGCUGAUUUCAAAGCAAUGGAGUUCCUUGAUGGCGACAACGGUGUCCUGAAGUCCCCGACCGGAGAGCCAGCCGCGCGAGACAUUGUCCAGUUUGUGCCUUUCCGGCAGUUCAAAAACGCUCCCCGGGAAGCUCUUUCCCAGAUGGUUCUGGCUGAAGUGCCUAAGCAGCUGGUGUCCUACUACAAAUGGCAGGGGUGGCCGCCCAUGAAACCGCCAGAAAUAAGAACGGUGUAGGUUGCGGCCUGACCCUGUGCAGCCGCAUCACGGGGCUGAAGAGAGCUGUCUGCGCCCACGCUCUGCCUCGCACGCUGCGGGUGCUCAGUGCCUCGAGAUCGUGCCGUUCACACUGACUCUCAUACCUGCUUGUGCUCUGUGUCUUCCAUCUUUCCUGUUCCUAUUCGGAAGAAAU